AUGCCGCGCAUCGCAGCUAAAGCCACCAAAGGGAAAGGAAAACGAUGGCAACGGGGCCAUAGCAGCGUUUCAAAUCCCGACUCAAAAAAGCAUCGCGCUCGAGCCAAUCAGGCACUUUCGAGUAUAACCAACGGCGGAUCUGACCCCGGGACGGCUUCAGGGUCGAACAAGUUUACCCUGACGAAGGAUUUGCUUGAAAGAUUUGAUGCAAUUCAACUGCAAAAGCAACGCCUGGAAGGUAGCUCUGAGGGCACCGCCAGCAAAUCUCAGGGUGGAGUUAGUGGCUGGCUCAACGGUCAAUCGACAAAGUCCACCGAUGAAAAUGAUCUUUCUCUGCCGAGCAACCGAUUAAACGAGGACGUCAUUUCGCUUGGAAAUGUUUCGGCUGCCAGCGUUUGGACCAACUGCACCAACGUCAGCUUCGACCGAUUCCUCAACGGUUUUGACACCAAGUCAAAAGUGCACAAGUGUAUGCUCGCCGUACUGGCCACAGUGAGAGAAGCGAUUGAAAACGGCAAUGGAAAUGAAACCGAGACCGAAUAUUUUGCCGGGCUGAUGGUUACUUUGAACUGCGUUGACACCGAAGAGAAGCUGACCGCCACGCUUGCUUUGAUUCAAAUGGUUCUUAAACGUGUCCCACCGUCUGUUUUGAAGGUGAAGUUUCGCGACACCGCCAACGCUUUAAUGAGCAUUCUCAACGAACGCAUCAACACUCAAUCUCCAAAUGGCUACCUUAUUAAGUCGGUCAUCAGCGCGCUGACCACGCUUUUGCAGCACCAGGAUCGUCCUGUCUGGGAGCAGCUGUCAACUCAGAAGGUGUUUCAAACACUGCUAUCGCUGGUUCUCCACUCAAAGCCUCGCAUUCGCAAAGCAGCAACUUUUUCGGUUAUUUCGAUUACUACCCACGCGACUGUAAAUGCUGACACCAAGUCGGGAAUUAAUUUGGCUCAAAAAAUUCUUGCAGAGUUUUGCAUCUCCAAACUUGAAGAACAUCUAACGACAAUCAAGGACGAGCACAUGCACAUACUACUGUACGUUCUCGCGCUUCUUUCGGACACCAUGUUCCAGUUUCCGUCAUUGCAGCUGACCAAACGAACAUGCGAAGCUAUUUUAUCUCACAUGGCACUGGGCAAUGUGCUCGUCGUCAAUGGAGCACUGCAAACUUUCUAUCACUUCUUUUUACGUCGGCCAAGUAGCACUACUCUAAGUGCAGAACUAAACGCCCAACUGAUAAAUGCCCUUUACGAUUAUCAACCGAAUAUCAACGACGACCAGCCGUUGAACGCCUGGUGCAUUGCUCUCAAAGAAGCACUUCUUUCGCUGAACAAUUUAGACGCAAAGCUAAGCAAUUUGCAUCUGAUCAAGUUCAUCAAAACAGCCGUUGAGUUUCUCAAAAGUGAUUCUACUCAGGUGCAUAACUGCGUCUGCAACUGCAUCAACGCAAUCUUCACAUUAACUAUCAAAGAACAAGUGGAAAAAUGUCCAGCCGAUUUACUGGAAGCGCUGUACUCUGAACUCAAAUCAACCCUCAAAUAUCAGUACAGUCACGCCUGGGUUCAGGUUAUACCGAUGCUGAGCGAAUUGUUUGUUCGCAAUGAAGUAGCAGUACAGUCACUUGGUCCCAUCAUGACUCGACUGGCAGAACUGCACGAAUCAAACGAUUCAAACAUCAACGACGCGAUCGAUGGCUUCUUCAGCAAAGCAGUUGCCUUCUACGGGCCGCAGACUGUUUAUCAAAAUGUUCCAGUAAGGUGGCAAACUGCCGAGUCGGUGGCGAAUCCCGAUGCCGAGUUUAGGGGUGAAUUCACCAACCCUUGGCUGCUCCCCAUUCUUCGUGAUCACACCAAUGAACAUGCAAAUCUGUCACUAUUUGUGAAGAAGUUUCUCCCCCUUGCUGACGACCUUUCGAAGAAGGCGUCCACCUGCAAGAAGUUGGCCGACCGAAUGCGACAGGUGAUCACUUCGGAGCUGGCGGCAGACCAGGAAGGCGAGGCCUACCAGACGGCCUUUCGUGCGCACGAGUCUUUUCUGAUGGCCACUCGAGAACUGGAGCGGUGCGUGCAUGCACUCUGGGCUCUCCUGCCUUCCUUCUGUCGAAGUCCAGUCGAUGUUCCCCAGGUGUUCCCCUCGAUUGCUCUACGCCUCGGCCAGGCACUGAAUGACCACGACCUAAUCGCCUACCCGCUAAUUGCACUGCGAAAUUUGCUCAAAUGCCCUCCCGAAGUGACCGAUGCCGUGGCAAAGUAUGCUGAAAAUUUUGUGCCCCUUCUCUUCAAUCUGUACUUGAACGAAAAUGAAAAUACGCAAAUCAAGCACAUCUGGCGACGUCCAGUGUUGAUACUGAUUGAGCUUUUUGUUCCUCAUCUUUUUAUCAACGAAAAGUCUGCCAAGCAAUUUUACACCAAUUUGGAGAGGAUUUAUAGCUAUCUUAAAGAGCCAAACUUCUCUGAUUUCCGACGAUUGGCUUUACUGGACAUUCUGGGUGCAAUGUUGGCGUCACCUCGCGGCUUCAAACUGACAGACAUUGAAAAGCUGUAUGAGGAAAUUGCUAGGCCUCUUGUGGAGCAGACUAAGUCAUCUGCCGACCAGAAGAAAGGCUUUAAGAUCAUUGAGCAGAUGGUGCACAGUACCUCGCCUGAGUGCGAGCAGUUUAUGCGCAACACUCUUGGUCAGCAGGUCACCCUUCUCCUGUCACUCAUUUCUGAUAGGAAACAGUUUACUGCACCAUCGACACGAUCCUUUGCCAUGCGAACUAUUCGAGCUUUAGUGGAGAAGUAUUUGGGCAACAGUGAAGAUUCAAAAGUUGAUUGGAUGCAGAUUUUCGAGCAUCUACUGCCCUGCACGCUUGACUGCUUGCUGCUAAAGUCAGUCAAGGCGAUGAAAAACGCCGAAAAGAUGCUGCUUACUCUGGCGCAAUCGUACUCGCAAUUGAACUGGUCCAAAGAUGCCGAUGCCCAAGAGGACAUCACCUACAGGCUGAUCAAUCAAAUUAUCGACCCUCUGCGGGCCAGCUCUUCUGCCCAGGUGUCUGCCUCCGAGCGUACGGCGCGACUGAUGGCCAUUAGCUAUCUCUACACUAACAAGUUCAACCAAUCACCCGCUGACAUUCAGUGCGACAUUGCCGAUGUGGUCUUCUCUCAGAUUUCUCCCUCCUCCACCGCAGUGCCUCCUACUCGUCAGGUUCUCGACGUUUGCAUUGACUUUACUGGAGUAUUCUUCAAAAAUGCUUCUCCAGAAAUGCUCAAUUCGUAUCUGGAGGUGAUCACUUGCAGCAUCACCAAUUUGCCUGCUGAGCACCGAACCAAGUACCGGAUGAAAAUCCGUGUUCUUUUAGUCAAGUUAGUUCGCAAGUUUGGCUACGACUUUGUUGCCAGCAUGAUUUCAGAAGACUAUCAAAAGGUUCUCAAGAAUAUCAAAAAGUUUGAGGAUCGUAAGAAAAAGAAACGGAAUGCCGAACAUCUAAAUGAUGACGAUGAUGAUGAUGACAAUGAGUCGGAUGCUGAAUUUGACCGAAAGUCUAGGCGAUCUCGAAAAUCACAAAAAUUCGCCGACUCUUCAGACGAGGACGAGGCUGAAGUGGAGAAGUUCAUUGAUGAUGAAUGGGAGCAUGGCAGUAAUGACGACAAUGAGGAUGAACCUCCGCUGGGAGGCUCAAGGGGAAAGAUGUCACACUUGGACAUGAUGUCACGUCUGUCAACAAAAACCAGCAAAACUUUUAUUCGUGAAGACGUUGAGGGCGAUCCGCUGGAUUUGCUGAGCCCUCAGGCCAAGAGGAAUGUCUUUUCAAAGAUUCCUCAGAAGUAUCGACGAACUGGUGGCGAGGAUGACGAGGAGGGAGAGGGGCACCUUACGAAAAAGAAGAAGCUGCCGAUUGCUGACGACGGUCGCAUCAUGAUCAAUGAACUGCUCGAUCAAAUCGAAGAAAAGGACGGCGUCAAAAGUGCUGCUCGUGUGGCUGCAAAGAAGAGGGCUCGCGAGGAGAUUGACUCUGAUGAUGAGGAGGCAGACAGCGCCGACGAGGGAGACCUAGACGGCGCCAAGAGCACCUACCAGCCUGGUGGCCGUGGCAUUCACCGACCACUCGUAUCGGUCAGCGGUGAGUCGGUGCGCAGCGGUCGCACCUCCAAGUCAGUCAAGAGCAAUCGCAAUGAGCCUUCCAUCAAUCGCG